AUGGACACCCGCGGUCAGAACCGCAAUGCACGGUGUAGAGCAGGUUGCCAGCCACCUCCGGUAACCCCCCACACCCGCCUGCAGGAGAAGGAGGACCUGCAGGAGCUCAACGACCGGCUGGCCGUCUACAUCGACCGGGUGCGCUCGCUGGAGUCGAAGAAUGCUGAACUCAGGCUGCGCAUCGCCACCUGCGAAGAGAUGUCGAGCCGUGAAGAGUCGAGCAUCAAGGCAACCUAUGAAUCGGAGCUGGCGGAUGCCCGCAAGACCUUGGAUUCCGUGGCCAAGGAGAAGGCACGACUGCAACUGGAGCUGAGCAAAGUGCAGGAGAAGCUCAAGGAGCUGAAGACACGGAGUGCCAAGAAGGAAAGGGACCUGCUGGCUCGCCUCAAGGACAAGGAGGCCGCGCUCACCACUGCCCUGGGGGAGAAGAGGAACCUGGAGAAUGAAGUCGAGGAGCUGAGGGCACAAAUGGACGAGCUGGAAGCCGCCCUGGGCGAGGUGAAGAAGCAGCUGCAGGACGAGAUGCUGCGUCGGGUGGACGCCGAGAACCGUCUGCAGACGCUGAAGGAAGAACUCGACUUCCAGAAGAACAUUUACAGCGAGAAACUUCAUGAAGCCAACCGUCUCCGCAAGUCCCUCUCGGAUGAGAUCAACAACGACCGCCAGAGGGAGUUUGAGAGCAAGCUGGCUGAUUGCCUCAAGGACCUGCGGGCCCAGCAUGAAGUCAAGAUCAAACAUUACAAGGAAGAGGUUGAGAGGACCUACAGAUACAAGGUAACACAGUACGCAAGGACAGGCCGCUGAGAUGGCAGCGUGGUGGGACAAUGGUUCAGGCAAAGGAAUAGGCGCCACUUGACGUCUCUCUCAAGGGCCACAAGCCGGCAGGACCGUCUGGAGGCCAAGAAGGUGAAGCUGGUCCAGGAGCGGGAGACCAGCCGGCGCAUCCGGAUUGAAAAGGAGAAGGAGAUCGAGGACAUGCGGUUAAUGUUGCGGCAGCAGGUGAACAAGUACCAGGAGCUUGUGGACAAGUACGAGGAGCUGCUGGACAUCAAUGUGGCCCUGGACAUAGAGAUCCAGGCCUACCGCAAGCUGCUGGAGGGAGAGGAGGAGAGGCUGGGGCGGUCUCCAAGCUCCAGGUCCCAGAAGCGGGGCUACAAGAGCCACGUCAGCUGUUCAACCACACCGUGCUCCUCCAAGAAGAGGAAGCUGGAGGACGGGGAGCGCCGGACGAGCUUCUCCCAACACGCGAGGACCAGAGGCCAUGUGGCCGUGGAAGAGGUUGACUUGGAAGGGAAAUUUGUCCGUCUCAGGAACAAGUCCAACAAGGACCAGGCGAUGGGGAACUGGCAGAUCAAGCGUCAGAAUGGAGAUGAGGCCCCCAUCAGCUACCGCUUCCCUCCCAAGUUCACCCUGAGGGCCGGCCAGGUGGUCACGAUCUGGGCCUCUGGAGCGGGCGCCACCCAUAGGCCUCCCACUGACAUGGUGUGGAAGGCCCAACGUUCCUGGGGCUCUGGAGACAGCCUGCGUACCGCCCUGAUCAACUCCAAAGGACAGGAGGUGGCCAUGAUGAAGCUGGUGCAUAGGAUGGUGAUCAGCGAUGGGGAUGAGGAUGACGAUGACGACGAUGAUGACGAAGGCAGCGUCCACCCGCAACAUCACACUGCCCACUGCAGCAGCACAGAUGAUCCUGGGGUGUCGAAUCUGCGCCCCCGCACUGUGGUUUGCCCCACCUGCGGCAAGCCACUUCCGAAAGCCAGCAGGGGCCAGAAUGCUGCGGCCAGCUCCAUGUCCCCAGAAGCAUCCACCUCCAAUGUCACCAUCGCCCUUGGGGGCACUGGUGGGGGCAGCGGUGGCGGCCUUGGAGAAAACCUGAUGUUCUGA